UGUUCAUGAAUCGCGAAUCGAGUUACCUAGCGAUAGCGUACUGUUUCAUACAAGCAACUUGAUUAAAAUAGUUCUAACACUUCUGCGGCUUUAGUUGAAUGUGCUCUCAGGUGUGUUUCCGGCUAAAUAUUAUCGAAAAAGCAUAUUAGUAUUGCUUGGUAGAAUUAAAAUAUAGUUCAGAUCUUUAGUUUCAUCACUGUGCUUGGUUAAAAAGGUGAUUUUGCAUCAUAAAUUGUGUGAACAUUACUAUUUCAAUAAACUCGGCAUGGAGUGACUGGAUUAAGUUAUAUUUGGUGCUCAAAAGAUGCUAGCAAUGGAGUACUGCAUACCUCAUCAACAUAAAUAUGCUUGUUCGACAAUGUCGUCUGAAACAUUAAGUGGCAGUUGCGGUAGCAGGAACAAUCGGAUCCGCACUGUCAGGCUCGUCAGACCCAGCAAUGGGCCUUUACCACCACCUAACCUCAGUUGCCGUCAUGGACCUUCCUUAGGAUUCAGUAUCAGGGGUGGAAGGGAACACGGGACUGGAUUUUUUGUUUCCUUCGUGGAACCCGGAACGGAGGCGAAUAACCAAGGGCUAAGGGUGGGAGAUCAAAUUAUUCGUGUAAACGGGUUUCCAGUUGAGGAUGCUGUUCAUAAAGAAGUUCUUCAACUUAUUUCAAACCACACCCAUCUUACGUUAAAAGUUAGAAGUGUGGGAAUGAUUCCUGUAAAAGAUAAAAAAACCGACUCGUUGAGCUGGCAAAUCAUUUCUGACAACAAUUCUUCUUCGAGAUCCUCACCACAGCUGAGUGAAAAAGUACAUGAUGUUCGAAUCAACAUUAUGGUCGCACCAAGAUCAAAACUGGGUUGUGGGAUUUGCAAAGGUCCUGACUGGAAACCUGGAAUUUUUGUUCAAUUCACAAAGGAAGGUGGUAUUGCAAGGGAAGCGGGUCUCAGACCAGGUGACCAAAUUCUGUACUGCAAUAACGUGGAUUUUUCUGACAUCCCAUUCAACGAGGCUGUCGGUCUUAUGAAGACUUCUAGACAGCUGGAUUUAGUGGUACGAAAAGCAGCAGGUUCCGAACUUUUUCCAGGAGAAUCGAGUGGAUACAAUAGCUCCGCCAGUUCUGUAACUGGAGACCAAAGCCCUUCUUGGUCGGACUCCAAGCGUCUUUCCAUAGUAAAGGAAGAAAAUUUAGAUCUGGAGGACCGAUUGUCGCAUUUGGAUAGACUGAAACGCAUUUCAAGUUGUAAGAAAUGGAAUACGAUGGAGUGGGAGGAGGAUGCAGAAGAAAAGCCUUUUUUCAAACCAACUAUUAUUAAUUUAUCGGAAAGUGGAACAACUAUAAAAAAUAAUGGAGCAGAUAAUCUAAAUUUCGAUCCCAACACGAACAACAGUAAAAUUACUGAUAUUAGAAUGGUUUCUCAACAGCAUGAAACCAAGACAGUAAUUGUGGAAGUUCACAGAAGUGACGUUGAUGAAAAUAACGAUAAAAAUAAUAUUCUGGCAAAAAGUUCGUCAGCUAGCAGUUUCAGUAGUUUGACUAGCAAGAGUAGUAACACCAGUGUCACAAGCAGUAGUUUAUCCUCUGCCAUAUGUAUGGAGAUUCAGAGACGAAUGCAGAAAAAGGUAACUAAAGAAGAAAAACCGUCAAUAGAUGAACAAUUACAAAUGAAAAAGAUUCUUAAAGGAAUUAAUACUGACCAGCAAUACCAACAUAAUAAGCUUAUGGAUGAAUUUAAAAAAGCUCAUCAGAAAAUGUUUAAGGGCCCUGAUGAGACUCAAACCGAAUCAUCUCCAAAUAUGAAACAAAACAAUGUUCUUGGUAAAGAUACUCUGGAUCGUUUAGCACAUAAAGAGCUCUCGCAGAAACUUUCCGAGAGACUGUCGAAUCUCGCAUGUAAUGAGCAGAAUUCUGAACGCCUACCGACAUCAAAUAAUAGACAAAUUAAUGCGAACAAUCCACCACCGCCUCCCCCUCCGCCUCCCUUAGAAAACGGCUCUUCAUGUGGCUCCACACUUCCGUCACCUACCGAAUCAAACUCAAGCACCCGUAGCAACACUCUUAAACCCCAUAAAACAAAGCCAAAAGCACCUCCAAUCCCAGUCAAAUACUCCGUCCUAUCAUCAUACAAUCAGCCACCUCCAUGUCCUACCCCCGACUAUGACACACUAAGCAUAUCUUCCUCCGUUUCCAAUAACAAACCUAGUCAAAACAUCAGCGACUCAGUUGAUAUGGAGUCUCUAGAAUCGUUUAAAAUCAACAAUCCUUCAGAUAUUAGGCCGAAGCCACCUAAUACAUAUUUUCAAAAGAGACAACUAAAUGCUCAGUCCUCCAAUGGGUCCGUUUCCUCAGUAACAAGCUUGAAGAAGCCUAGACCAGUCAGCGUUACCAUUGGAGAAUAUCCAUCAAUGAGGAGGCAACCUGGAAGGCUAGAUUUUCUCCAGAAUGGAACGGAUAGUAUUUGCCAGGGAAAGCAACCCAUCACUAGCCAGUUCGCGUCGGAGCUAACUCAAACAUUGAAUAGAUCUAAUUUGAGAAAGAAAACAGAAUCUAUGGAAAACUUACUAGGAAGCCCUCUGAUAAAACCGCAGAGUAACGGUUCGGUAAGGAUAUCGCUAAGCAAUGGCCUCUCAAAAAAUUUCGCAAAGUCCACUAACGACUUAACCAGAGAUCUUGAUUUAGGCAAUCGAGUUAUGAUAAACAUAAACCAAGACAAAAAAAACGAUACUCCUAAUGGCAUAUUGAAAAACAGUGCUAAUAGCAAUAUGAAUACUCUACCAUCGCCGUCAAAUCAUAAGCCAUUAGCGCAACAGAAAAGUAUUACAUUUGGAGAAAUGCCAGUUGUUAUAAAGGACCGACCUCCGCUACCAGUGACGUAACUACAGCGUUCAACAAUAAGAAGUAAUAUUUGUCUCGAACAGUAGAUUUCUUAGUAAUCAUCAUCCAAGUGCAAAUAUCAAUAUAUUAAUCUUAUUCUCUGCAUUUAUUCACAGUUAUCUUGAUUAAUUACUAACUUUUGAGUGCCGAUUUGAUGUGAUAAGUUUAAUAUUUUUUUGUUAUUUUUUUGUAGUUUAGUAUUAAAUGAAGAUAAAUGAGCAUAUACACAUUCUUUUUCAUUAAAAAAUAUAUUCCACAUUUUAUAUUUUAGAAAAAGAUAAACUUUAUUAUACACUUUAAGUUUCUUCCAAACAUAAUAUUUAUUGUGUUCACUGUGUAUAGUUAUAACUGCUUAACUUGUAUUGUUAUUGUUUAUGUUUAGUAAAAGAAACUGUCAAUUAUGUGUAUUUUGAUGUGACAUAAGC